AUGGAGCCCUCGCCGCUCACGCAGGUCUCGCGACCUGAAACAUUCCAGCCCAAGAUCAUUCAACUGUACGAAACACUGUUCAAGGAAGACGACGAGGAUGAGGAGCUCUCGGAAGGCUUUUGGGAAGAGUUCUUCUUGCACAGACCUGACCAUACAGGGCUGAAGAGCGUUCUGGGCUCCGUGUCCCCAGACGAGAUGCUACAACUGCAGACGCGCUCGCAGCAGCUAUUCCUUCGCGCAAUCCAGCGCGCCAGACAGGGCACGGCGCCCUCUGACGAGAUCGCCCUCGAGACCUUGACAGUCUUUCUAGAUGCGGCCCUCAGCAAGAAAUACACGAACCCCAGCUCCGACAUCAUCUCCGUCCUCGCUGGCCUUCACGACGCCGAUGCGGUAAUGUCCGACUUCGUAGCGAUGCUCGACGCAGUUAUACGAAAUGGGAGAAGCAUACCGCUGCGACUCAAGGCUGUCCGUACCACCCUCUCCAUAACCGCCGCCGGGUUCCACACCGCACUGCCAUCCUAUCUGACCCACCGGGAUCUGUUCCCUUCGCUCAUGAAGUACAUUCAAGAUUGCGAAGACAGCGCGCAGAUCCUGCCCGCCUUCUACCUUCUCGGCCUGCUCGUCAACUACAACAAAUUCGAGUUCCAGAAUCCGUAUAGGCUACGGCUCGACGACUUCGUGAACGACGCCAUAAUACAGAAAAUGAUAACUGGCUUUGGAGACACUUGUCUAAGGCUGCGGGACGCUUAUGUGGCAGUUCAGGACGACAUACCUGAGGGCUGGACGCUAGGGUCAACGCUGAAUUAUAUCGGACUAGGUGUUCUUGCGCCCGCAUCAAGGCCUUCGACACCCACUCCAGGCCCAGAAGAGACCAAAUCGUUGUUUGCAGCACUACCGGGACCAGAAAUUGGAGAGCUUCUCUCCACCUACGACUUCGCCAAUGCCAAUAAGGUCUUCUGCUUCAACCUAGUGUCUACCCAAGCGCCAAACAAGGGCGAUGCUUCUCCGCUAAGCGUUUUCCUCUCCCUAACCUCCUACCUCUUCCAGCACGCACAUCGCUCGAGCAGGUCUGCUCUGUACGCCUACCUCAGUCUCUUUGUGCUGCAAAUUCUCGUGGAGGACCAGCUUCUCGUAAAGCGCCUAUGCAGCGACGAGGGCAAGCUUUCUGUGCGAUUGUGUCGGCAGCGGCCACCUUACCUACCGCUUGUUAAGGGUGAGCGUGCCCCCGGUUCUGUGAUUAUUGACCUCAUGAUCGAUGGGAUCAACCAUAACCUUCGACGAAGAUUGGAUGUUGAUUUCUACAUCCUAUGCUUAGGUGUCUUGCUGCGCAUGCUGUCGUAUCUAGGCAGGGCAAAGGUUCGCAUGGCGUACCACUGGUCAGAGGUGUGGCGAACGCUGCUCUCCUUUUUCCGUUUCUUGACCACGUAUGUCAACGACAUACGAUCUAUCCGCGGGUGCUCCGAAAUGGUGGACCUCCUAGUCAACCUGCUGGCAUUUGCCCUGUCAAGCGGCGAAAACUUUCUUCCUGACCCAGCCUCAUACGACGACUUGUUCUACAAGCUUGUCGAGACGGGCGACAUCCUUGUCAAAUUCCGAGACGCCUUUGGAUUAUCUAAUUCGCACUCCAUCCAAACCCUGAUCAACGUUUCCUCACACUAUCAUAGCUUGCUUGAGGGCAACGAAAAGGGCAAGAUGCGGAGUAAAAAUCUUAGCCCGCGUGAAGUGAGCAAUGUCAUCAAGCAGGGCUAUGAUACCCUGUCAAUUGAGGCGGGCGAGGGACUUGACCGGUGGGAAAGGUUUCGGGAGGCUGACUUCAAGAUCUUCCUGAAGAAGAUUGCGAGAGCUGCGGUCGAGGACGCAAAGUUCUUGGAAGAGAGAUGA